GCCGGAAAAUUUUCCGAUAAAGAAAGUUCAAACUUUUCGAAGAUCCAUGGAGAUAAAAAGGACUGCAUGUGGAAGAAUCUGCGAAUAACUAUCGUGCAACCUUUUUUAUUCUUCUCUUAUCUCUCACCGAUCCACUCAAAUUGGGUUGAAUCGGACGAUCAAUGGCUCUUCUCCUCUGGAUAAUCAGGAUCGUAGUUUUAGCCCUUGAAAUUUCGGAAAAUGAUCUGAAACGUACAACUGGAGAAAUGUGGAGCGGAGAGUUUAAGGGAACAAAAAGGUUGCUGCCAAAUAAGACGACGACUAAAAGAAGACGACGACGAAAAAGGGCGGAUUCGAGCUGAUUCUCUUACUUAGCCAAUAAAUUAUGCCAAUAAUCAAUACAGGUUUGCAUUUGUGGCUGCAGCAAUGCUGACGCGGUGGCUUGUAAUUGUCCUUGUUUCUAUUGGGUUGCUGCCUCCCGCCUCUAUAGCUCGACCCGAAGUUAUUGUAGCAAGCCAUGGUGCCAUUGCCGCAGAUGAUCACCGUUGCUCCAAAAUUGGUAUGGAUGUUUUACGUGAAGGAGGACAUGCUGUUGAUGCAUCGGUUGCUGCUGCUCUUUGCCUGGGGGUUGUUAGUCCUGCAUCAAGUGGUAUUGGUGGAGGAGCCCUUAUGUUGAUCAGGUCAGCCAGUGGAAAAUCUCAGGCUUUUGAUAUGAGGGAGACUGCACCUUUGCUAGCUUCUGAGAAUAUGUAUACUGGCAAUGUUGCAUCAAAAGCAACUGGAGCCCUUUCCAUUGCCAUUCCGGGAGAGCUUGCUGGACUUCACGAGGCUUGGAAGCAACAUGGAAAGCUUCCAUGGGCAAGGCUUGUUCAACCAGCUGAACGUCUUGCUCGUUUGGGGUUUAAAAUAUCUCCAUACCUUCAUAUGCAGAUGGUUAGAACAGAAUCAGGGAUCUUAGGAGAUGAAGGGCUCAGGAACUUAUUAACAUCAGGUGGAAAAUUGUUGAAACGGGGAGAUGUUGUCCGCAACAUGAAACUAGCAAAAACUCUAAGAACUAUUUCUAGAUUUGGUGUCAAGGCCUUCUAUAAUGGUUCUAUCGGAAUUAACUUGAUACGAGACAUCAGGAAGCUUGGAGGGUUACUAUCAAUGAAGGACUUGCAGAAUUAUCGAGUUAAAAUAAGAGUUCCCAUCUUAUCCCAUACAAUGGGCCUUGAUAUAAUCACCAUGCCUCCUCCUUCAGGAGGUUCUGGAGUGAUCCUUAUGCUUAAUAUUCUGGCUCAAUAUAAACUGCCUUCAGGGCUUUUGGGCCCUCUUGGUAUCCAUCGGGAGAUUGAAGCAUUAAAACAUGUAGUUGCUGUAAGGACGAACCUUGGUGACCCCGAUUUCUACAAUGUUUCCAAAGUUCUUUCUGACAUGCUCUCACCCAAAUUUGCUCAAAAAUUGAAGAAAACCAUCAAUGACAAGAAGACUUUUGAUCCAAGCCAUUAUGGUGGCAGAUGGAAUCCAAUUAAUGACCAUGGAACCAGUCAUUUGUCUGUAGUCGAUGGAGAACGAAAUGCCGUCUCCAUGACUACCACUGUGAACUACUAUUUUGGAGCACAUAUACUCUCCCCAAGUACUGGAAUAGUCUUGAACAAUGAAAUGGACGAUUUUGCUAUCCCUGCUAAUGUUUCUGCUAAUAAACUCCCACCAGCACCACCCAAUUUCAUUAAGCCAGGAAAAAGGCCAUUAUCAUCCAUGUCUCCUACUAUUGUCCUGAAGGAUGGUCAACUAAAAGCUGUGGUUGGUGCAAGUGGAGGAGGCUUCAUCAUUGCUGGAACAGCACAGGUUCUGUUGAAUCAUUUUGCAAAAGGAAUGGAUCCUUUCUCAUCUGUGAUGGCUCCCAGAGUUUACCAUCCGCUGAUUCCAAACAUUUUGAACUAUGAGAACUGGACAACUGUGAUAGAGGACCAUUUUGAAGUUCCCGCUGAAACAAGGGCAGCCCUUGCUAAGAAGGGUCAUGUCUUAGAAGGGCUUGCCGGAGGGACAAUUUGCCAGUUUAUUGUUCAAGGUGGUGGCUUGGGGAAGCUUUUUGCUGUAAGUGAUCCCAGGAAGGGCGGGGCUCCUGCAGGCUUUUGAUUGUUUGGAUCUCUUUUACAUCUUCCAUUUAUGUAACUGCCGUGGUAAAUGAAGCAUAAUCGAUGGUUGCAUGGAGGUCGAUCGAGAUCGGUGUCUGUUCUGGUUCACCUUAUGGUCUCUACGGCUCAUGCUCGUACUACUUUUUGGCGGGUUGAUCUUCUUGGUCUUAUCUAAUGUGUUUACGGAUGUUUUUUCUUUUUGAACUUUACGUUGUUCUUUGAUUUGUUGUUGUCCCUAAUUUGUGGGGUUUUGGGUUCUUUUCUCUAGCUUUCUACCUGGUGUUUUGCGAGUUUGCAUUUAUAUGGUGGUUUUGUUUUGGUCUUAUCUUGUUGGCUUUGUUUUGGUUUUGUUGCCCUGUAUUUGCUUGAGUUUUGUUGCUUUGAUGCCUUGAUCUCGGGUUGUGGAAUCCCCUUUGUUCUUGUAUAAUAAUAUCACCUAUUCUAAAAAAAAAUUGGGGUGUAGUGAAUCAAAUGUAUCCAAGUUUUGCUAUUCCAAUCAGGAUAUUCUUUCA